AACUGCUCGGUCGGUCCUCUGCCCAGUGCAAUGUUCUCUUGUUGCAUCAACUUCCUCCUUUUCUUUCUCGCUUUCGCUCUUUUCCUCCAGCGGCAUAGCCUCGUUUGGGGGUUAGAUCGAUCCCUUGCAAGAUCUGCUUGCUCGCUUCCGCGCGAAAUAUUCUUCGGCCACCACCAGCAGCACCAGCGCUAGACAACAAGGAUAUACGGCGCCCCACAUACACACAUGUCGUGGUCUCUUCUCCUGUUGCCUCUAAAUUAAAGCUGCGGGUCUUGGCGGUUACUGGUCAUAAUGAAGGAUUAGAAGAAGUGAAAGGAACUCUCCAUGCAUUGGUUUGUGUGAUCUGAUCGACAAUGUCCUGGUGGUCAAUUAGACCAACCUUUUCUUUCCCUAGCUUGUCUCUCCCUCAUCUUCUUUAUCUUUUCUGCGCUGGGAGACUUUCAUGCUCUUGUCACGUACUAGUAGUAGUGGUAGUCUGCUUUUCCUUUGAGCAGUGAGGUAUCACUAGCUAUUUACCGUAUAAAAACGUGUCGUGGCUAGGCCACGCUGGUGAUACGCUCGCACACAAAACACACUAGACGGGGCUAAGCAUCUGGCGAUGAGGAGAAAGGGCAGUGAGUGCACAAGAAUUACCCCGGAGACCACCGGCGGAGGCAAGCCCACGAUCUCGCUGCAGGCGUCCAGCUGGUCCAGCCGGAUGGAACCGUCGGACCCGGACCGGCGGUCGAGGCUAGCGCGCGGCGCCUGCGGCUCUCGUCUGCUGAGGAGCGCGCGGUGGACGGCUACGAGGUUCUACCGGCGCGCGAGGGCAAGCGUCGCCCGGGCGUUCCGGCCGGCGUCGACCAAGAAAGGCCCUGCCAGCUGUGCCGCGUCGCGUUCGCCGGACUGUACGCCGGCGAGGAAUAGCAGUAGGCGGCAUUCCUUGGCGCCGGUGGUCGCCGAUGACUCCCACAAGAGCGAAGCUGUGGAGGAGUGCAUCAGGUUCAUGAACUCCUCGUCAAGGAAGUACCGGUAGAUUUGUUUUUUCUUUCUUUUUUGUGGUUCUACAACCUACACUCGUGCGCGGAUGCUAGUGUCUUUCCACUGUAUUUUCCCCAUUUGGCCUUUCAUCUAUGUGCGCAUUUGCUCUAAUCUUGUACUAGAGUGGAAAAAUCAUACGGCUGGCUGUUCGUUUCAUUCAUCUUUAUGCCGAUCUACCUCUGAAAUCUCUCCCCGCGAAUAGUAUUUUCGUUUGUGUAUAAGAGUCAGUAUCACAGUAUGUAGUAGCUCAGUCAUCAACAUAAUUAAGCUAGUUUUUGUGAUGUUUUCCAAGUCGAAA